AUGGGGCUAGUGAUUUCAUACGUGAAGGUGCGUGGGUGCCUGGACGUUAACAUAUUUUUUGGCUGUAGGAAGUGUGUGUGCAAUGUCAAAGUAACCCGAAGAGCCUGUGUGGCUGUUUGCAAGCAUGAUGGUCUGGGGGACUCCAGGCUGGCCUGUCCUCAAGCUGUCCUCAGUUAUCCAUACUGGAGCAUGAGCCCAAAAGGGCCGAGGGUGCUUUUUUGGGGAGGUGAGUUGGAGGGAGGAUUCCACAGGGACCGGUUUCAGAAAGUGGAGAUGCGAUUGAGUGCGACCUUAGUGGCAGGAUCCCCCCACGACCCCCCAACCUCUUCCUUUUUUCACGUUCUUUCGGGGGGAGCAGAGGAGUUCCUAGGAGGCCUGGGAGGAGCUAGGAUUCCUGCCCCACCAGCAUUGCCUCCAACCUUCCAGUCCUGGGCGGGGGCCCCCCGGGGGGGGAGCCAAGUUCACAGGCGCAAGCCAACGUGGUCUGGAGAGAGAGCGGGGCCGUCCGGCUGGCUGGCUGGGGCCGGGGGCGGGUGGGUGCGCGCGGAGCCGCCUUUUCCGCUGGGUGUCACUCUGGGGCGGGAGGGAUGGCUCAUUCAAAAGCGCAGGGAGGGGGCAGCGCCACUCGUCUCCAGUGAGCGGCCAGCCAGGGAGGGAGGGCAGGCAGCCGGCAGCCGGCAGCCGGCAGCAGGCAGGACCCCGGGACGCGGCUCUCAGCCGCCCGAGCCGCUGCCCUGCGUCCUUCUGCUCAGCCUCCUCUACCCUCUCCGCUUGGGCGGCCGCGAGAGCCGCUGGGGGGAGGACGGCGCCCGCCUGCUGCUGCUGCCCCCGGCCGGCGGCAGCGGCAGCGGCAGCGGCCACCCCUAUGCCGAGAGGAUGCUGGAGAGCGGCGGCUGCAAAGCGCUGAAGGAGGGGGUGCUGGAGAAGCGCAGCGACGGGCUGCUGCAGCUGUGGAAGAAGAAAUGCUGCAUCCUCACCGAGGAGGGGCUCCUGCUCAUCCCCCCCAAGCAGCUGCACCAGCAGCAGCAGCAGCAGCAGCAGCAGCAGCAGCAGCAGCAGGCGGCCGCGGCGGAGCAGCUCCAGCCGAGCCCUCCGGCCGCUGCCGCCGCCGCUGCAGCCGCCGCCGCCGCCGCCGCCGGCCUCGAGACGCCCGCCAAGCUCAAGGAGCUGCAUUUCUCCAACAUGAAGACCGUGGACUGCGUGGAGCGCAAGGGCAAGUACAUGUACUUCACCGUGGUCAUGGCCGAGGGCAAGGAGAUCGACUUUCGGUGCCCCCAGGACCAGGGCUGGAACGCCGAGAUCACAUUGCAGAUGGUGCAAUACAAGAACCGCCAGGCCAUCCUGGCCGUGAAGUCUACCCGGCAGAAACAGCAGCACCUAGUCCAGCAGCAGCAGCAGCAGCCGCAGCAGCAGCUUCCGCGGGACCCGCACCCGCACCCGCACCCGCAUCCUCACCCGCACCCGCACCCGCACCCACAGCCUCCUCAGCAGCAGCAGGCGCCGCUGCCGCAGCAGCAGCCCGGCCACCGCCUCCUUCGCAGCACCUCCAACUCCGCCUGAAAGGGUAGAGGGCAGCUCUCCCCUCACCCAAGCCAGAGCAGGUUGAAUUAAAGAACUCUUCGGAAAGUUGGGAAGAACACAUUUCUAUUGUCUUCAGUUAGUCGGAAAACUAAAGAAACAACUCCCCUGGACCCCAACGAGACUCAAGUAUCUUGGACCUCACCUUUGUGGUAACCUGUGACUCGCCCCCCCUCCCAAUUAGUUUUCUGCACAGCCCUCAUCAUGAUGCAGGGAAGAAUUUCGAGUCAUGAAGACUUUGACUGUUAUUUAUGAACCUUGGAAAGGCUCUUCUAGAAUGGCCAGACUUCUAGGAGAGAUGAUGUACUGUAAUUUUAUUUUAAUGUAUUUUAAUUUGCAAUUAUUUAUUAGUUUUUUAAAAAUGCUUAUUCUCAGACAUUUCUGAAUGUAGGCCAUUUUCCAGAAAUGAAUUAAUUCGUCAAACCUCAUUUGCUAAUAAUAAUAAGCCCUAAUCCUUGGAGAUGUGGGAAGGGGAAGGAGAAAGGGACGGCAAGAGACACUGAGAAUCCAUUUAUUUAUUUCAAGGAGACCUUAAUAAGGGUUCUGUUUGUGACCCAUGGUUUGUCAUGCCAAGUUGACAGGACAAAAUGCUAUGAUGUUUAAGUUUUUUUUUUAUUUGAUUUUCCCCUAGAGCUAUAUUUUGGGUAGAAAUUCAUUAAAAGCAAUUAAAUGUU